UGUGUGUUUGUAUUUGUACACAUUUUGGACAUAAUUGAUUCCAUAAAAUGUCUCAUAAUUUUUUCAAACCAUGUCAAUACAUUAAUUGACAAUGAAUUGUCCAGAUGAAUUGAUCAAAAUGACUCUGCUAUUGAUGUUGUCCAGUGUUUGAUUCAAUUACCUAGGUCUAAGUUGUAUUUCUAUGUAUCAUUCUCUGCAAAUGCUUUGAAAGUAUGUCUUGGUCAAAGAUUAUCACUAAUUUAACCUUUUCAAAUUAAGCAAGAGAUAGAGAGAUUGAGGAUCAGGCAGAAAGUCAUGGAGGAUCAGCGACCAAGACUGGCCUGGAACAACAAACCUAUUGAGACAGAAAGAGAGAGGGAAAGAGAGAGGGAAAGAGAGAUGGAAAGGGAGAGAAAAGCAGAAUUGGAAAGACAAGAAAUGAAGAAGAAAGUGAAACAGGCAGAAGAAACGAUAAAAGUGUUAGAACGAGAGAUUGAGAGAUUGAAAGAGACUGAAAAGGAAAUCAUAUUUGAAAGAGAAAGAGACAUGCGUAUUGCAGAGAAUGAGAAAGUCAAACUGGUUAACGAAAAGGUAAAAGAGUUAGAGAGAGAGGUUGAGAGACUGAAAGAAGAUAUGACAACAAAAGAGAUUCAAUACAAAAUCAAAUUUGAAAAAGCGAAAGAAGCGUAUAGAAGACAGAAUGAGAGAGUGAAACAGGUUAACCAAAAUGUACUAGUGUUAGACAGAGAGGUUGCGAGAAUGAAAGAAGAGAUUAGAUUGAAAGACGAGACUGAACCAGAGAGAACAUUUGAUAGAGACAGAGAGAGAGAAAAUGAUUGGAGACGAAGUGAAGAGGAGAUGAAAAAUAGAGUGGAGAGAGAGAUGGAGAUGGAGACAGCCCUCAUCAAUGACAAAAAGAAGUCUGAAUUGGAGGAAGUCUUCAAUAAAAUCAAGGAACAGCUGAAAGAAUUAGAAAAUAUGGAAACAGACAAAUAUAAAUGGAAACAGAACCAAAUGGACAUGGAGGAGAAGAUGGAGGGUGAGAACAACAAACAGAAAGAGGUAGAAAGAAAGAGAAUGGAGAAAAUACCAAAACAGAGACAACAAGAAGAUGAGAAGAAGAAGGAGAUGGAGAGAGAAGAAGAGGAGAGACACAAACAAAAGAUCAUAGAGAUGGAAGAGGAAGAAAGAGAGAGGGGGAAAGAGAGACAGAGACAGAUCAAAAGGAAGAGAAUGGAGAAGAGACAGAAAAAUAUGGAAAGAGAACAAGAGAGACAGAGAGAGAUUGAAAGGGAGAAUGAAGAAGAAAGAUGUAAACAGAUGCAAAUAGAGAUGGAAGAGGAAGAAAGAGAAGAAGAAGAGAGACAGAGAGCGAUCGAAGAGAAAGAGACACAGAGAGAGAUGGGAGAGAAAGAGAUACGACAACAACAAGAGGAGAGAACGAGAAAGUUUGAGAGAGAUCAAGAAGAAGAAGAUAUAUGGAAACAGAAGCAAAUUGACAUGGAGAAGGAGGGAAGAGAGAGGGAGAACAAGAGACAGAGAGAGAUAGAAGAGAUACACAGGGGACAACAACAAGAGGAGAGACAAAAACAAAUGGAGAUAGAGAAAGAAAGGGAGAAAGACAAUGAGAAUCAGAGAGAGAUGGAAUUAAAAGAUCAGCAACAGAAAGAGAUGGAGAAAGAAAAUAUGAUUAUGAGAGAGAGGGAGGAAGCAGGAAGAAGAAAGGAGGGGCAGAAAAAUAUUUUGGGGGAAAUUGAAGGACAGAAUGAACAGGAGAGAGAGAUGGAAGAAAAGCAUGAAGUGAUUAAGGAAGCAGAGAAAGAGUACAGGGAAAGAGAAGAGAGAGGAAAGGAAGUAAGCAUGAAGAAACAUGUAGUAGUUAAUGUUAAAGCAAAAGCACGGGACGUCUUCAAUAGACGUAAAGAGAGGAGGUUAGAAGUGUUGAAGGGGGAACGAGAACACAUAGAAAGAGGACAACAAAUCAGGAGGGAGAAGGAGGAAAGACGGCUGGAGAUGGAAAGAAAACAGGAGAGGGCAAGACGACAAGAGGAGCAGGAUAAAAAACAAGAGAUUGAAAUUGCUAGACAGAAAGAAAUGUUCAGACUAAGAGAGGAGGAGAGACAGAGAGAGGAAGAGAGAGAGGAUCAGAGAAAGAGAGCCAUUGAAGGCUAUUUAUCUUUAAUCAGAGAGAGAGAGAAGAUAACGGAGGCAAAAAAAAGAGAGGAGAUGGCGGAAGAGGAGGAGGAAAAGGAAGAUGACAAGGAGGACCUUGUCCCACCCUAUAAAAAUAGCCGAAGGGGAGCUAUGGGCUGGGUGAAUAAGAAGUGGGAGAAGAGGAACAUCAAGAAGAUAGAGAGAGCAUAUCAGAGAGAAGCUGAGGAGGGCUAUAAGAUCGUCCACAUAGGUAAGACCUGUUUUCCCUCUGCUUAUAACAUCAUCCUCUUUAGUCUCCUCUACACACAUAAGUUCCACACCAGUCAUCAUGUUGCAUCAUUGUUUCAAUAUAAAACUACUGUCCAAAAUGAUGGCCAGCAGGAGGGGCCAAGGAGGCCACAGGCAUGGGCAGAGAACCAGGAGGGGAGUUCAGAGAACCAGCAGGGGGGGCCAAGGAGGCCACAGGCAGAGAACCAAGAGGGGAGUUCAGAGAACCAGCAGGAGUGGCCAGAGAACCAACAGGGGGGGCCAGACAGCCAGCAGCUAGAAGCUCCAGAAGAGGCUGAAACAUUAGAACCAACCUCAAAGAAAAAGAAAAGGCCAGGCAUCUGGAAGAGAAUUAAGAUGGGCAACCAGCCCCAGGACCAGCCCACCAGCAAGCAGCCCCAGGACCAGCCCGUCAGCAGCCCGCCCCAGGACCAGCCCGCCAGCAAGCAGCCCCAGGACCAGCCCGCCAGCAAGAAGCCCCAGGACCAGCCCGCCAGCAGCCCGCCCCAGGACCAGCCCGCCAGCAAGCAGCCCCAGGACCAGCCCGCCACUCGGAGCCUCAGCUCGGGGCCUCAGCUCGGGGCCUCAGCUCGGGGCCUCAGCUCGGGGCCUCAGCUCGGAGCCUCAGCUCGGGGCCUCAGCUCGGGGCCUCAGCUCGGGGCCUCAGCUCGGGGCCUCAGCUCGGAGCCUCAGCUCGGAGCCUCAGCUCGGGGCCUCAGCUCGGGGCCUCAGCUCGGGGCCUCAGCUCGGGGCCUCAGCUCAGAGCCUCAGGCCAAAUGA